AGGGCAGGAGAGGCGGCGCGGCCGGUCCUGUCCUCGCCAUGAGGCCGCAGCAGGCGCCGGUGUCCGGGAAGGUAUUCAUUCAAGGAGACUACAGCAGUGGUACACGCUGCCAGUUCCAGACCAAGUUCCCCGCGGAGCUGGAGAACCGGAUUGAUAGGCAGCAGUUUGAAGAGACAGUUCGAACUCUAAAUAACCUUUAUGCAGAAGCAGAGAAGCUUGGGGGCCAAUCGUAUCUUGAAGGCUGUUUGGCUUGUUUAACAGCAUAUACCAUUUUCUUAUGUAUGGAAACUCAUUAUGAGAAGGUUCUGAAGAAAGUCUCCAAGUAUAUUCAAGAACAGAAUGAGAAGAUAUAUGCUCCCCAAGGUCUCCUCCUGACAGACCCUAUUGAGAGAGGACUUCGAGUUAUUGAAAUUACCAUUUAUGAAGACAGAGGCAUGAGCAGUGGAAGAUAAACCAUAAAAUUAAAGAUCCCACAUCCAGCUGGGACCCUCAUCUACCCACUGGCUGAUCACAGAGUGUCCCUACCUCCUCUCCAGAGCAUCAUUCCUUUGUAUCUGCUGCCAGAGCCACGGUGCCAUUUACUCCAAGGACUAACUUUCUAAAAUUCCACACCUGGAGUGACCUCUAGUCGCUCAGCAUCCACUUUGUGUCUUUAAAUUGUGUAGGAUUCUGUAAUCUUUUGAUUCGUUUCUAAGAAAACACAAUGAAGCAUUUCACAUUUUUUUAUUCAAAGUGAUUAUAAAAUAUGCAAUUGGUCAGCCCAAUGCAAAGUUUUAUUUAUUUCUUAUUUGCCACCAGUACCAUGAAAUCUAUUCAUUCCUUGGGCCAAUUUUCCAGGUGGCUUUAGACUUCAAGGAGUUUAUAUUAGUGAAUGUUCAGUCUUAUUCCCCCAAAUUAAUAAAUGGCUUUUUUCCAGGUGAGGGAUAGACUGUGUCUGUGGUUAUGCUGAUGUAUUUCCCAGAUUUCAAAGAACUGCCAGUUUUGCCAUGAUUCAAAUCUUGAGAUUGAUUUCUGUUGUUCAGUUUUCAAACCGAAACUCAUUGAAAAAAUACUGUAUAAUGUUAUUUGUUUUACUAUAGCAGUUAUAUCUAAUUAAAGCAGUAUUGAAUGCAAUUUCCAGUUAUUUUAUUUGGAGCCUUUUAUGUUAUUAUUGCAUUACCUUGAAUGUUGGAAAGAUGUGGUAUGUGUUGCUUGUUCAUUACACAAAUAAGUAAGCACAAUAAAGUGGAUGCUAAACCAUCAAACACAUA